AUGGAUACCAAAGAACUGGAACAGGAAUGGGAUGGAGUGAGGGUCACUAAUGGUGUAAUCCAGAAGGCAGACUGUGAGCAGCUGUCGUGUUCCGCAGCGGUGGACCCUUGCCUGCGGCUGGAGUGCGGGCCAUGGGCGCAGUGCCAGAUGGCGUCGGGGGUGGUGUCGUGCGUGUGCCUGCCCUGCCCGGCUCACCACGACGCUCGCGGCCCCGUCUGCGGCUCGGACGGCCGCGACUACGACUCCGAGUGCCAGCUGCGCGCCGCCGCCUGCCGCCAAGGCCUCGACGACCUCUAUCUGCGACACCGCGGCAGCUGUGUGGUUCCAGAUGCUUGCAGAGGUGUGGUUUGCGAGGAACCCGCCGCUGUGUGCCACCACGGCGUAUGCGCUUGCAAGUCCAGUUGCCCUCAAGACGGCCCUAAGCAGCGCCUCUGUGGCAGCGACGGACGCACAUACGACAGCGAGUGCGAGCUGCAGCUGGCGUCCUGUCUUAGGUCACGAGGACAGCACCCCAUCACCGUGGCCUCCCUGGGCGAUUGCAGAGACGUCAGCGCCGAGAAGGAUCGGCAGAUGGUUAAUGGUCCCGCCUGCCAAACAUCGCCAUUUGGAUGCUGCCCGGACGGUGAGACGCCUGCAGAGAAUGGCUGUCCACCACCAGGGGCAGAAGAUGACAGCGACAGAUAUCAGGGCGCGCUCACAAGCUGGCCAUUCACCAGUUUUAAGAAGUUUCACUUAUCUCCAGACACGCACAUGAAUUCUGAAUGGCACGAAGAUUCAGCUGGAAAGCCAAACAGUUUUGUAAAUUAG